AAAAAAAAACCAGGCCGCCAAUCGACGGCACGCACCGCUGCCGCAGUCAAGUUGCGCAGAAGAAGGAAGCAGGAAGGGGGUGAGCCCUCUCGCGGCGGCUGAGUCGUCUUUGGCUCCGGUCGGAGCAGCUGUCAGUGCGCAGAGCGGCGCGUCACGACGACGACGACGGAGGCAGGAGCUUUGUGGAGCAGACGGCGGCUCUGAUAAAAUGCAGCUCCGCGACUGUCUCUGCGGCGUCUCCCGUUGUCCCGCGGUCGAUGCGUGCCAGCUCUCCGACCACCGCGUCUAGCGCCGGACGAGCCGACAGACACGGACAGGGGUCAUUUUCUCUGCAGCUUUUUUUUUUAAAAUCUCUGACGGCGGAGUGUUGUCUGCUCCGCGCGGUCCGGUCCGACUCAACUAGUCCAGACAUGAGUAACGUUAAUCUGAUUUUCUGGGACCAGUUGCAGGCUGGCAGCUCCGACGUGGACUGGUGUGAAGGCAAUUACCUCAUCUACCCCAGCAUCGCUGAGUUUUACAACACGAUCAGCAACAUCUUGUUUUUUGUUUUGCCGCCCAUAUUAAUGUGCUUGUUCCGCCAGUAUGCAACACAUUUCAACAGUGGGAUUUACCUCAUAUGGAUUCUGCUUGUUGUGGUCGGUAUCGGAUCAACAUAUUUCCACGCCACCCUCAGCUUCCUGGGCCAGAUGCUGGAUGAGUUGGCCAUCUUAUGGGUGCUCAUGUGUGCCAUUGCCAUGUGGUUCCCCAAGAGAUACCUACCUCGGAUGUUCAGGAGGGAUCGGUCAAGGUUCAAAGUGGUCAUCGGCAUCUUGUCAGGCAUCACCACAGGGUUGGCCUUUGUCAAACCUGUCGUCAACUCACUGUCACUCAUGACUCUGGGCAUCCCCUGCACUGCACUGCUCAUUACUGAGCUUAAAAGGUGUGAGAACCCGCGUGUGUUCAAGCUGGGCUUGAUCUCAGGGAUCUGGUGGGCGCUGGCCCUGCUCUGCUGGAUCAGUGACAGGAUAUUCUGUGAAAUGUGGUCAUCUGUCAACUUUCCCUACUUACACUGUGCUUGGCACAUCCUCAUAUGUCUGGCCUCUUACUUGGGCUGCGUUUGCUUCGCCUACUUUGACGUCGCGACCGAGGCCCCAGAGCGAGGACCCGUCAUCAUGUUCUGGCCCAACGAGAAGUGGGCCUUCAUCGGUGUGCCCUAUGUCUCCUUCCUCUGCGUCCACAAGAAGUCGACGAUCAAGGUGACUUAAAGUGACCCGAGUCUGCGGCACGUCCGGUCGUGCUUCCACAUUUCCCACCGGGAUGUCUUCAAACAGCACGACACACGCCGACGUCUGUGAGUCGGCCGACAUCCACCGGCGCUCUAGUGACUGAAUGAUGUCGGUGAUUCACACGCGGGCCAACCGAGAGGAUUCAUCUUUUCCCCGGCUCCUUCUCUGGUCAGGUCUUCAUUACACAGCAGGGUUUAUGCAACUCAAGUAGAAAGGCAGAGAACAAAAUGAGUCUGACAUGACACACAGUCACUUUUUACCUAACUCACAAAUAUCAAAGCCAAGAAACCUUUUCAGUGUUCCAGAUGCAUUCUCAUGCUUUGCUAUGAGAACGUUUGUACAUUUUUUCUUUCACUCAGAAAACCUCAUUAUAAAGCAUUAUUUUGCCUUUAUAAAACAUAAAUAUAGCAUCUCAUAGGUGCAGUCUGGCUAUAAUGAAAGAUGUUCAAACAAUAAAGCACUGGAUUCGUUGACUGAUUAAAACUCGAAGAAUCAACUUGCCAGUUCACAGGAUGUUAUAGUAAGUGUUACAAGUGGGUGAUGCACACAAAGCCGAACAGGUUUCUGCUGUUAUACCUGCCAUUCAUGAAAAACUCAGAAACACAACCCCCCCCCUCCCUAUUUCCGGUGUGCUAUGUUGUUUGUUUGUUUUUCUUCCAGCAUGCCACAGUGAUAGAGAUAGUAGAGAGAUGUUUAAUAUAUUCCUGUGUAUAUUUUUUUUACUUACAAUGUAAUAUGCAAUUAUUUUCCUAGUAAAAGCCUAUCAUUGAUGUAUUACUGAAUUAAUAGGUACCCAUAUGAUAUUGGCCAAAAUCUAAAAGGAACAGAAUGUGAAAUCAGAAUGUAUUGAAAGACAAUGAAUUGACAAAUCAAGUGAAUAAUAACUAUUUUUGCACAGAAUGAAGAAUGGUUUUCAGAGCCUUUGGUUAAGUGCACAGUCGACAAACUAAAAAAACUAUUAACUCAAUAAUUAGCUUGCUAAUGUACAGCUUUUAAUGAUGAGAAGUAGUUUUUUUCCCACACCCGGACAUCUCACCUCUUAAACUGCUCAUCAGGGUUAUAUAUUCCAGACUCAGUGUUUUAAACAUGACAAAUGACUCAAUGUCAUUGAAAUUAUGUAAAAAGCCGUAAUCAGGAGGUUUGUGAUGUACUGUCAACUGUUUUAUCUAAAAGGUGAAAAACAAUGUAUUGGUUACACUUAGUAUGGAGGUGAUGUGUAGCUCAUAGCAGGUCAAAUAAUGGGACAGUGUUAAUGUUUUAUUACCUCCGACCUAAAACUAAAACUCUUGUGUUAAAAUAUAUAUAUAUGUAGUCUUUAUGCAGAAUUAAAAAAGGGAAGAAUGUUUGAGGCAAAGUAAAACAAAAUGACCGUUGAUAAUGUGUUGUUCUCAAAAUGGCUUUGAGCUGUUCAUCUAACAUCGUUUUCCUCCCGUCGUCCUGCUGAGGCUUCUGGGAACUCAAAAUUAUUUGUGAAGGUUCAAAAGAAGGAUCGCAGUUUACAAAGGAAACUGCCAUUUUCCUGAGGUUGUGAAAUGAUUGAGGUUUUUUAAACAUGAAGUAUUUUUGUUUCGUCCAAAGCAAUUUAUAUUUUUCUAAGUGAAGUGCAGCCAAAGUCAAAGCAACUGCAAAGUAUUUUGAUACCGUACUAUUACCACAUUUGUAUUGCCAAACAUUGUUAUUUGUCACAGUCUCUUUUUUUUCCAUUGUAUCUUUAAGAAAAACUUUUGGGACAAUAUUGACAAUGUGAACAAGAUAAUUGUAGAUCCCGGAGAAUAUGUAUUAUGCCGCAAAUUAUAUUGAAUCAUUAGUUGUUUUUUUAUAAUGCAGUGCAGUAUAAGUCAGUGAAUAAUCAUUAGAUAAUGGACUGUGUCUGAACGGGGGAGCCUGUUUAACGCUGCCCACUGCAUUGUGAUGUUUGUCUUGGCAUGAGGUAUGAUAAUGAUCACAUAACAAUGACUUGUCUUCUUCUUUUACUUGAGUGUUUAUAUAAAUCUCAGUUUUUUUUCUGCUUGCAUUGACAAUAUACAAACAAACUGCACAGAAUAUUUAUUUUCGUAAUUUAUCCUGUUUUUAUAAACAUUUGUAAUAGAUUAGACCAUUAGUACUUUAUGUUAUGUUAUGCAAUAAACAAAGUCCUAUGCUCAA